ACCACGAGUUCACGAACGAGAUCAACUACAGCGAGCUGUGCAUGACGGAGUCGGUGGGGUACCGGACCAGCCGCAGCACCUCCCUGUCCAGCCAGCAGGGGGCGCAGAACAACUCCACGGGCUGCUGCCCGCGCCGCGCCCGGAGGAGAGCCGCCAUGCGAUUGGCUAACUCCACGGUGUCCGUCAGCCGCGGCAGCAUCCAGGAGCUGGACACCCUGCACGUCAAGACCACCUCCAUACCCCCCCAGACCCGGUCCAGUCUCAACGCCCAGAUGUGCGACCUGAAGCUGAACUGCGGGGAUCCAGACUUCAGCGCUGCCAUCAUCAGCAUCCCCACGCCCCCCGCCAACUCGCCUGACGAGAGCCUCCCCUCGUCGCCCGCCCCCGUCCCCAGCAUCCUGCGCAACACCCGGGCCACCGCCUACACCCAGGACAACGUCAAAAUCUCCUCCUUAUAACCUCAGACUACGCCCGACCUCCCCCUCCGGACCCUGCUGCCCCACCAGCCAACCUCUCCGUGGACUCUGGACCUUUGAACCUCUGAUCUUCAGCCCGGGGGACUGCAAGCUGAGAUUUUGGGGCACUACCCAGACGGAUACUUUGAGUACUGCUGGUCUGCGUUCACUUCCUCUCAACAUUUUGUGGAUUAAAGGAGACACAAUGGAGACACAAUGGAGACACAAUGGAGACACAAUGGCUUUUCCACACAGGAGGCGACACAACACGGCAGCAAACCGGAGCAAAAACUCUAAGACAAGGACUUAGAAAAGGAACAAUGGUUGUUCUCCCGAAGACUUUCCACAGUCUUCAGGAUCCCCUCCUCAUGCAUCUUACCUCAACAUGUGUUGGUGUACCAUCCAUAAGGAGGGGAUGUGCCUCCCUUUAGCAGUUUUAAAUCUCAUUGCACAUCCUAGGAGAACUCAUCCAAUGGAAAAGGACACCAAGACUCCCAAAGAUUGAGCUCGAAACCAACUGCCAGGUUGAAUCAUCGGGUUCAUGUUGCGUCCUCCUCACCUUAGUCCUUAAGAGGAGGGCCACAAGAGGAUUGCUGCUGCAGAGGACAACAGUAUUACAUUUUUACGUCUAAGCCUUGCAUGAAGGGACUUAGUGGUUUUGUUUCUUUAAAAGAAGUUGGUCUGUUGGUUCCUGGUGAAUCUGAAGGACUGCCGAACGCUGGUCUUACUCCUCCGUGAUUGGACAGGGAAGUGAUGGAGAUGAUCUGUGUACAACCAAGCAACCCUCAGUGGCUUCAGAGGCCGUGGCUACAACUUCUUCAUCACUUUGGAUGUUUGUUGUUGUUGUUUUGAGACAGCAGAUGACGGCCAGCAGGCGGACGGUGUUCGGCUUUACCAAACCAGGAGGGUUAGGUUUCUUUUACAGCGACAGACGGGAGUGAAGUGUUGGAGCUCUUUUCUUUGAGAUGUAAAGGAUUUGUAGGUUUAAACCCCAACAAUGGGUCUAGAUGUACCUUAAACCACAUGGAGUUGGGGAAUAUGAAUGGAUGAUCUCUCCACUGGCUCCUGUUCAGCUGCUGAAGCCACUACAGGUCACAUUUUAAGGAAAAGAAGGGAAUCAGGAGCGAGGACUAUCCGAGAUUAUCUGAAGGUUUCAAAAUAUCUUGGAGGGUUGAUCCGGACGCUGCUGAGACAAAUGAGUCCAACAUAACGGAACUCUGAAAUCUGGGUUUAACUGAUCUGAGCUGAGCCUGAAUACUGUUAACACAACGACACUGAGCUGAUCUUUAGGGACUAAACAGAGUCCUUCUGAGCAGCGCUGGACUAACGUGGUUCUUAAAAUGCAACUGUAGAGAGGACAAAGUCACUCUGGACUGGAUUAAUCUGGUUUCAUGUGGACAAAAUUCCUCUGGACUGGAAUAAUCUGGUCUGAUGUGGAUGAAUUUACUCUGGAUUGGAUUAAUCUGGAUUGAUGUGGAUUUGUCUGGUCUGAACUGGAUUAAUCUGGUCUGAUGUGGACGUGUUACUCUGGACUGGAUUAAUCUGGUCUGAUGUGGACAUGUUACUCUGGACUGGGUUAAUCUGGUUUGAUAUGGACUUGUCUGGUCUGAUGUGGACUGGGCUGGUCUGAUGUGGACUGGUCUGGUCUGAUGUGGACUGGGCUGGUCUG